ACUAAACGACAUACGAAAUCUGUCGUCUGUAGCUGAAAAAAAUACUUUAUUAGUUUUAUCAGUUAUUGUUUUUUAUUGUCUCUGGUUGGUACUCUUAUUAACAUUGAAACAUUUCUGAAAUAUUGUGAGGAAAAAACUACCCAGAGACAGAGAUUCCCACAAAAUAUUCUAUAAGCCUACACCAGAUCUAAAGCCUAGGCUAGUACGUGUUCUGCAAAUAGAUUCUAGCAGUAUAAAAUUGACUGCCGGUAGAUCUACUUCACGAGAGUGAAACUAUCCGUUAUCGAUAGGCUCAGCAGUCAGCAGCGCCAGUCGUCAAAACAAGGAGCAGGACAGGCACUGACCCUGCAAUUCCCCCAUAACCGUGAAGUCCAUCAAAUUUAUUAUUUUUAUGUCAAAGGUUUAGUGUCUUGAGUCUAUAUCUCAAGGCCUACAUCUACUAGAUUCUCUAAUCUACAUUUGAAAAAAUGAGCAGCAUCUAUAUUCAGGAGCCGUCUUCAAAGGGAAAGGUAUUGCUGGUCACAACAGUGGGAGAUAUUGACAUUGAACUGUGGUCAAAAGAGGCGCCCAAAGCAUGUCGGAACUUUGUUCAACUGUGCAUGGAAGGUUACUACGAUGAUACAAUAUUUCACAGAGUUGUGAAAGAUUUUAUUGUUCAAGGAGGAGACCCUACUGGAACUGGGACAGGUGGAGAGUCCAUUUAUGGAGGUCCUUUCAAGGAUGAGUUUCAUUCCAGGUUACGUUUUGUACGCAGAGGUCUGGUUGCCAUGGCAAAUGCAGGGCCUCAUGACAAUGGCAGUCAGUUUUUUUUCACCUUGGGAGAAGCGCUUGAACUGCAAAACAAGCACACUAUAUUUGGAAAAGUCACAGGGCCCACUCUAUUCAAUAUGCUCAAACUCCAAGAGGUGGAAACAGAUGGAGAUGAAAGACCUCUUUACCCCCAUAACAUUUUGAAAACUGAGAUUUUGUCCAACCCAUUCGAAGAUAUAGUGCCAAGAGUUAUAAAGAAACCAAAGAAAGAAAAAGAGGAGGACAAAAGGGUCAAAAGCAAAUCAAAAGCCACUAAGAACUUCAGCUUGUUGUCCUUUGGAGAAGAGGCAGAGGAAGAUGAAGAACAAACUUUCAAAGCUUCCAAGAAAUUCAGCGGGAAGAGCAAGAGCAGCCAUGAUUUAAUAGAUGACCCAAACCUGUCAUCGGUUCCUGUCCUCGAUCCUGCAGAAUCAGACAAAGGAGGAACAAAAAGGAAGAUGCAGGGUGAAGAAGUAUCUGAGAUAAGUAGUGAAGAAAUCAGAAAGAAACUAAAAAAAGAGAAUGUUCCUGAAGUCCCCUCCACUGUAAUAGAAGAGGAGCUUACACCUGAAGAAAUUAAAAAGAACAGAAGUGACGAAAUCAGACGUGAACAAAAGAAGCUCAAGAAAGAAUUGAAAGCUGCAAAGAAGAAAGCAGAAAAUGAAAAGAAUACCAGUCCACCAGCUCAAGCAGAAGAGAGCGAUGAAAGUCCUGUGAAAAAGGAAGAGAAAGGCAAAGAAGGCACCUCAGAUUUCUUGGAGUCAUUCAAACAAGAACGACAGAAAUUUAUGACUUUGAAGAAAAAGCAAAGUAAAAAGGGUGAAGGCAGGGAAGAACAGACUCUAGCUUUGCUUGCCAAGUUUCAAUCCAAACUGACGUCAGCCAAGCAACUGUCUACGGGCUAUUCCGACUCCGAGGGUGAAGAAGAGAAAAAGGAGGAUGACAACAGUACUCUUGAUGACAGUGGGGAUAUUUCGUGGAUGAAGCACAAGCUGCAGUUUGACGAAUCAGGGAAUAAAAAAGUUCUGGAUGCUAAUGUGACAGACAGCGAUAGAUAUGAGAUUUAUGAUCCCAGAAAUCCUUUGACUCAGCGCAGAAGGGAGUCUAGUAAGAAGAAAAGUAAACAAAAGUAAUCGGGAGUGGUUUUGUUAUUUCACAACAUGGAAAUCACUCUGAGAUCGUUGAUUCGCUCAUUGUGGCCAAGACUGAUCUGACACCUUCUACUUCUAAUGUGAAACGAUGGUAAUUUUAUCCAGUUUUUAUUUCAACCACUCUUCCCUAACAAGCUAUAUUUUUCCUGGAUCUUUGCUGAUUUGAUGCUGCUUUUGGCCAAUAUCUGUACAGCAUUCCCUGUGCGCAUGUAUCACUCAAAGCCUAGUUUUUAGAAA